CGGGCCCCUGCAACCGCCUGGCCCGGCUCCCCCGCCGGCUGCCGGGCGGAGCUCACUGCUGGCCCUGCUGGCCCCCGAGUCCUCCCCGUCCCCCGCCAGCCGGGACGCCCUCGUCCCGGGGGCCCCACCGGCGUUGCUGGAGGGGACUGGGAAAGGGCGGGAAGAGCUGCGGUUGCGGGAGCUGGAGGUAGGGCGCGGGCGAGGGAGGCCCAGAUGGGAGAAGACGAUGCGCUGGUUGGUCGGACCUGCAGGCAACUGGCGCGAGAAGUGGAGCAAGGUGAGAAGCGAGCGCAACCGGGCGCGCCGGGAGGUGCGGCAGCUGCGGCAUCGCCUGGAAGCCCUCACCAAGGAGCUGGCCAGCCUGCGCCCGCGACCGGGACCGUCGACCAGCGACGCGCCGGAGGAGCGCCGGCCACCGGCACGGCCGCAGCCGCAGCCCCGGCAAUCCUCCCGCCACGCACCCGACGGGGCGGAGGGGGACACCGGCCCUGAGCACGAGCCUGUGCGGGACGUGGGGGCUGAGGUGCCCCAAAAAGGCAAGGAGCUGGAGCUGAUGGAAAACAUCUUGACGAGCAAGCAGGAUGAGAGCUGGGAGCAGCGGGGCCCCCGGGCCUCCUUCAGCCGCCAGGAACGGAGCCGCCUGCUCUGGGAGGAUGUCAGCGUCAUGGAGGAGGAUGCCACCAAAGUCACCGCCCUGAAGCUGAGGCUGGAUGAGUCCCAAAAAGUUCUGCUCAAGGAGCGGGAGGACAAGCUGGCGCUCAGCAAGAACAUCGAGAAGCUGGAGGGCGAGCUCAGCCAGUGGAAGAUCAAGUAUGAGGAGCUCAACAAGAACAAGCAGGAGGUGAUGAAGCAG